AUGGACGAGGAAGAAGGCCCUGCAAAAUCAUUAGAGGGCGUGAAGCAUAUUAUCCUGAUCCUAUCAGGAAAAGGUGGUGUCGGGAAAAGUUCUAUAACCACACAAACAGCUCUAUCACUAUGUAAGCUUGGGUACAGAGUCGGUGUUCUAGAUAUUGAUCUUACAGGCCCUUCCCUGCCAAGAAUGUUUGGUAUAGAAAAUAGCUCAAUUUACCAAGGUUCAGAGGGAUGGAUACCGGUAAAGGUAGAAACCAAUGGAAUCGGGUCAUUAUAUGUAAUGUCUCUUGGAUUUUUGAUAGGAGAUAGAGGGGACAGUGUCAUUUGGAGAGGCCCAAAAAAAACAGCUAUGAUUAAACAGUUUAUGAAUGACGUUUCAUGGGGUGAGGUGGACUACUUAUUAAUUGACACUCCUCCAGGUACGUCAGACGAACACAUAUCGAUUGCAGAACAGUUAAGAUGGUCGGAACCUGAUGGCGCAAUAGUGGUCACUACACCACAAGGUGUUGCCGCCGCAGAUGUGAAGAAAGAGUUAAAUUUCUGUAAGAAGGUUGCCCUUCGAGUCCUCGGAGUAGUUGAAAAUAUGUCAGGAUUUAUUUGCCCCCAUUGUUCAGAAUGUACUAGUAUUUUUUCCAGUGGCGGUGGUAAAAUUUUGGCAGACGAGUUUUCUGUUCCAUAUCUGGGAAAUAUACCAAUUGAUCCUACUUUUGUAGAAAUGAUCGAAAAUCAAGCUAAUGCUAAAGAGACUUUGGUGGAAGCUUACAGUAAGUCAGAGCUAUAUCCAUUAUACAAAGAAAUAAUGAAAAAUAUCCUGGAUAGAAAUUUGCCUUCAAGGAUUUGA